AUGACUUUGGUGUUAGAUUUUAAUCCUCGUCUGCUGCCAGCCACACUGGAUCGCCACCUCACCUGUCAACUGGGCACUGGGGACCGAUUGUCCUUUAGUGCCAACAUGAGGUUUACAUUCAAGGACAGAAAAACACUACUCCCGCCCAGGGGCUCCCGGUACUGCGCUGAGAAGCGGAGCAUCCGGCAGGCCCUUGCGUCUCACAGGGCAGCACGUCCACUCCCACGGGGACCCACACGUCUCAAGCCCCGCCGGUACCUGUCGGCCUGGCUGCCACUAAAGCAAAACAAGAACAAGCGACGAGCAGCCAUCGCCUCUUUCAGCCCACCCAAAGACCAUGGCGGCUACUCGUUGAAACACAGAGGAUUCCAGUCCAAGCGUCUUCCCAGAAGUCACACCCGACACAUGGAGGCUCCCUCGAUCGUCGGGGUAAGUUCCAAUUCGGAGCCGGCGGAACUCCGCCCCGACAAGGCCACCUUCAUCCAGCUCCGGCCACUUGGCUUUCCGGAGCUGGCGGACGCAGGCAUCAUGAGGACGGGCAGGAUGAGCAAGUCGGCGAGGGUCCGAGUGGCUGCUUUGUUUUCGGUGAUUAUUUCCCCAUAUCUCUAUGAGAGUUACCCCAUGCCUGUCAUACCACAACCAGAGAUCCUCAGCUCGGGAGCGUACAGCCCCAUUACCGUGUGGACUACGGCAGUUCCAUUCCACUCCCCACUACCCAAUGGCCUCUCUCCUCUUUCUGGAUACCCCUCAUCCUUGGGGCGGGUGAGCCCCCCUCCUCCAUCCGACACCUCGUCCAAGGACCACAGUGGCUCAGAAAGCCCCAUUAGUGAUGAAGAGGAAAGACUACAAUCCAAGCUUUCAGACCCCCAUGCCAUUGAAGCUGAAAAGUUUCAGUGCAAUCUAUGCAGUAAAACCUAUUCAACUUUUUCCGGGCUGGCCAAGCAUAAGCAGCUGCACUGCGACGCCCAGUCUAGGAAAUCCUUCAGCUGUAAAUACUGUGACAAGGAAUACGUGAGCCUGGGCGCCCUUAAGAUGCACAUCCGGACCCACACUUUACCUUGUGUCUGCAAGAUCUGUGGCAAGGCGUUUUCCAGACCCUGGUUACUUCAAGGACACAUUAGAACUCACACUGGGGAGAAGCCUUUUUCUUGCCCUCACUGCAACAGAGCGUUUGCAGACAGGUCAAAUCUGAGGGCUCAUCUGCAGACCCAUUCGGAUGUAAAGAAAUACCAGUGCAAAAACUGCUCCAAAACCUUCUCCAGAAUGUCUCUUCUGCACAAACAUGAGGAAUCUGGCUGCUGUGUAGCACACUGA